CUGCUGCGUUCUGUUUGCCGCGGAGGCUGCCGGGAGCUGAUAUUUAUCCCGGGGCUCAGCCAAGCGCUGCGGGCAGUUGAGUGAUAGCAGGGAGAGGAGAGGAUCGGGCUGGGCCACUGACACAAUGGACGAGGGGGACAACAGGAGCACGAACCAGCUGGCUGCAGAGACUGCCAACCUUGAGGAGCACUUUAAAGAAUGGGGUGAUGUUAUUUUGGUUGCUGACCGUGUCCUUCGUUGGGAGAAGCCGUGGUUUCCUGCCAUUGUGAUGGGAGCAGUUUCUCUUGUGUUUCUCUUGGUCUAUUACUUGGAUCCCUCUGUGCUCUCUGGUGUUUCCUGCUUUGUGAUGCUUUUGUGCCUGGCCGACUACCUUGUUCCAAUACUUGCUCCAAGAAUUUUCGGCCUUGCUCAAUGGAGCACUGAGCAGCACCAAAGAUUCCAUGAGAUCUGCAGCAACCUUGUGAAAUCACGUCGAAGGGCUAUUGGCUGGUGGCAACGUCUCUUUGUCCUAAAAGAGGAAAAGCCAAAAAUGUAUUUUAUGUCUAUGAUAACUUUUCUUGCUAUGGUUGCUUGGAUUGGACAGCAAGUUCAUAACCUUUUCCUCACGUAUUUGAUUGUGAGCUUUUUACUACUGCUUCCUGGUCUGAACAAACACGGGAUAAUUACAAAAUAUGCCGGAAUGGGAAAACGAGAAAUAAACAAGCUCCUCAAGUUAAAGGAAAAGAAGAACGAAUAAAACAAGGAUUGCCAGAUUCAAUAAUGCAAUCUUCCAUGGGAGCAUUUUUUUUUUUUUUAAUUUUCCCUUCUGUCUAAUAUUUGUGUUUUGGGGACAUUUUCAUGCUACUGUUCAUUUCCUCAAUAACUGCCAAUGCUGUAUCUUUUUAAACUGGUUGCACUGAAACUUAAUGUUUGUUUUGGUGAACAAAGAGUUAAUAUUCCUUGAAGAGUGUGUUUAAAAAAACAAAA